AUGAAAUUUGUGAAGGGUGAGAAGGUUAUAUGGUUAAUGGGCACUGCAUGGUUGAUCCGCUCGGACUUGCUCGUAACCGCCGGUCACAACGUCUACGAUUGGGAAUAUAACCUUGGACGUGCUAGGGAGAUUAAAGCAUCACUUGGCUACUGGGGUGAAGACUCUGUGGAUAACACGGUACAGUUCCGGUAUGGCACUAUGGUUGCAACCUCCUCAGGGUGGCUGGCAACUAAGGAUAACCGAAUAAAUGAUGUCGCCUUCAUAAAGCUGGACCGUGCAUUUGAUGGAACUGACACCGAGAUGAACCUAUUCCAUUUCAAAGCAACACCCGUCUCGGGAGAGCGGAGGAUGGGCAUCGUGGGGUAUCCAGGUGACCUUGAUCGAGGAAACCGGCCCUACGAAGAAUUCAAGAAUGUCAAAUAUGAUCUGUCUCAGGCGUCGAGAAAUAUGCUGGUAUAUGAAAUAAGCACCACUAAGGGACAAUCUGGCUCACCCGUCCUCUUGGAUGACUAUAACACCUCCAUAGGAACGCAUGUGAACGGUGACUUCUUUGAGAACAGCGCCAGUCCAAUAGCCGGAGAGUACGGUAAUCUUUACCAUGCAUAUAUACGGGCCAUAGAUGGUCAUUACACACCGGUAAAGAGAAAAGACGAGGUUGAGUAUGUCAGGGUGACGAUUCCAAAUGAUCCAGAAAGGCCAUAUGAGGCAGCUGAGGAAUCAUUAAUAACAGUGGGUGGGAAUGUUAACUCCAACAUCCUGAAACUCGGAUCCCCGUUUCUGGGACCGAUAGGAGGCCCCAUUGCUGCCCUUGCUGCUACAUGCGUCCUGUUUGCUGGUGGUGUCUGUGAAAGUGCUUUGGACCCUGAGGGCAGCGUCUCAGGGUCCGAUAUCACGGCAUAUGCACACCACGCUAUUCUAGCGGAGGCUGCGAUUCAGGCGACAAACCGGCUAAGUCGAGAAGCUUUGAACAAACUCAACUUCGAGGAAAACGUGAGAGAAGAAUACUCAACCCUGGCAUCCCAAGUUUACGGUAUUGGAAGCAAACUAUUCCCUGUCCUCAUGGAGUCAGCUCUCCGACUAGCUUUAGAAGCAUACCAUAUAUCCGAGUCUGGACAACAGUCAACCCCAAGUGCAGAAGCAGAAAGCCUGCCCAAGCUGGGAACCCUCCAGUACACCAAAGAGGGGUCAAAUCAGGACAGCCAAACCGAGGCCUUCAUCGAUAGCCUCCUUCAGAAUUUCUGGCCCACACAAGGAGAAGAAAGAUUUUUCGACCAACUUGGUAGUGUCAUUGUGAAUGGGCUACGAACUAGUAAGACUAUCCAAACCAUGGCCCCAACAGGCCUCUGCCUUUUGAGCUCGUUACUGGCGCCUACUCAAUCGCGGUCUCAGAGUACGGAAUUGGACAUUUACUUUGAGGACUUGCUGGACCGGGCUCUCAUGGCUGAGGCCACAUUGAGAGCAAUCAUUUUCGCAAAGAAAACAGUUCGCAGCCAGACCGUGAGUAUAUCAGAGGACGAGAAGAAGGCUGUACUCCAGCGAGAAGGCUUCUACGAUCUGCUCAAAGCUGGAGUGCAGGGAAUCGGCAGGAAGGUGAUCGAGAGUACACCUUCCGUCAUCAGCAAGCUGCAACCCCUGUUAAUGGAACUGUUGAGCCCAAACAAGGCUACUAAGCAGUUGGACAUUCCUAUUCCCGGUAAUCCUACCCAAGAUCUCGAAACAAACCUAGCCUUCGCGCGAAAAAGCGUAAGAUUACCCGAAGGCCCUGUUGUUCAAAGGUCCACUAGACUGGGAGCCGUGGCGUCAAGGUACGGGAAUAAUCACAACCUUGACGGUCCAUCUGUGGCAUUCUCUUCCCUGUCCUAA